AUGCAACAGCCAUUCCUGAUCAAAGGAGUUAGUAAAAACAGCAACAACUACACCGGAGAAAUAGUUGGUUUAGAAAUUGCACUGGAAUUUUUAGCUGAGGUGAAAACUGUUAUUCAAAGGAAGAUUCAUAUAUUUACUGACUGUCAGGCAGCUAUCCUGUCUGUAUUUUGUAAGGAAGUACCAACAAAUAAAAUUGAAACUAUCUCUAACAUAAAAAGACACUUAUCUAAAAUUGAAGAGGGGGAAAACCAAAUAGAAGUACAUUGGAUUCCAGGACAUAAAAACCUUAUGGGUAAUGAGCUAGCAGAUAAACAGGCGAAAUUAGCAGCAACGCAAAUGGGCAUAUCUGAUGCAGAAGAGGAGACUGGAAUGAUGGAUGCAAGGGAAGCAGUGAAUGUCAUGAAAGAAAAAGUGAUUAAAAAAUGGAACUAUAAUUACACAUUAUCAGACAAAACAGACAGAAUUCAAGACAUUUUUAGCAGAGUAGGAUUUAGAAAGUGCAUAGGUGAAGAAGACAGAAAAAAUUUCUCUUUAAUAAAUCAACUGUUGUGUGGUCAUAGCAGGCUGAAAAAUCACUGGUCAAAGAUUGACAAAAACUCAUCAAAAAUGUGUGACCAUUGUAACACUCCGGAAACAGUGGAACACUAUGUCUUCAGAUGUCCAAACUAUAGUACUCAGAGAGAUAUCCUCGAAAGAACAGUGGAUGACAUUCUCUAUAGGUUUAAUCUUAAUUGCAGCAAUGUAUCCCUGUCAACACUUGUGGGGGAAAUUGAGGAUGCAUCAGACUCUGCUAAAGAAGAGUUUGUAAAAGCUUUUGUAUCAUUUAUUGAAACAUCGGGGAGAUUCUAUUAA